UUCUAGCGCAUGCGCAAAUGUACUUGAAGCCAAGCAAAAAGACGAGGUCGUUCAGAGAAUUUUGGAAUUGGCGAUCUUAAAGUCAUAUGAUUGACAGCAAAUAUAGCAACACUUAUCUCAAGUCGUGUUUCCCAAAGCCACGAAACGUGCAUUGAGUUUGGAGCGAUAUCUGAAGUGAAGAUUGAAGACGUGAUAGAAGAUGGACGACUACUGCUAUGCUAAGAUGGCGACGUCAUGUCAAAGAGAACAUUCCAGCAAAUCACCAACGGAGAUAAAGACGGAAGAUGAAGACGUCCAGCAGCUGAUGGGUAAUCCAGAAGAAGUUUCCCCUCAGUCAGGGGGGAGCUCCACUUUGAAGCAGGAGACUCCACAACCACCCUGCAUUAAAAAGGAAGAGGAGGAACUCUGCAUCACUCAGGAGGGAGAGUGUCUUCUAGGACGAGAGGAAGCUGAUUACACCAAGUUUCCACUGACUGUUGUCUCUGUGAAGACUGAAGAUGAUGAAGAGAAACCACAAGUAGACAACCAAUUAGCUCCACUAUCAGAUAGUGAGGCUGAAGACGAGGUUGAAGUAACUUUGAGCAGCGAUACAGACUGUGAAGGUGAUAUGAGGACUCACACUGACAACAAACACUCUGAAUGCUCUACAAAGUCGAGAGGUAAAAUAUGUUUGAGCUGCUCCUUUUGUGCUAAACGUUUUACUAACAAGAGCCUUUUGACUGAACACAUGAAAUCACACACAGGUGAAAAUCCAUAUAAUUGUUCAGUUUGUUCUAAAAGCUUUUCUGUUAAGUGCUAUUUGGCUCAACACUUGAGAACACACACAGGUGAAAAACCAUUUAUUUGUUCAGUUUGUGGCAAAAGCUUUUCUCAAAAUAGCCAUUUGACUCGACACAUGAGAACACACACAGGUGAAAAAACAUUUAAAUGUUCAGUUUGUGGCAAAUGCUUUUCUCAAAAUAGCUUUGUGACUCAACACAUGAGAACACACACAGGUGAAAAAACAUUUAAUUGUUCAGUUUGUGGCAAAAGCUUUUCUCAAAAUAGCAAUUUGACUAAACACAUGACAACACACACAGGGGAAAAACCAUUUAAUUGUUCAGUUUGUGGCAAAAGCUUUUCUCAAAAUAGCUCGUUGACUCAACACAUGAGAACACAUACAGGUGAAAAACCAUUUAAUUGUCCAGUUUGUGACAAAAACUUUUCUCAAAAUUGCCGUUUGACUGAACACAUGAGAACACACACAGGAGAAAAACCAUUUACUUGUUCGAUUUGUGGUGAAAACUUCACUAUUAAGAACCGUUUGAUUGAACACGUGAGAACACACACAGGUGAAAAACCAUUUAGUUGUUCAGUUUGCAACAAAAGCUUUUCUCAAAAAAGCCAUUUGACUAAACACAUGAGAACACACACAGGUGAAAAAGCAUUUAAUUGUUCAGUUUGUGACAAAAACUUUUCUCAAAAUUGCCGUUUGACUGAACACAUGAGAACACACACAGGCGAAAAACCAUUUAACUGUUCGAUUAGUGGGGAAAACGUUUCUAUCAAGAACCGUUUGACUGAACACAAGAGAACACACACACACAGGUGAAAAACCAUUUAGUUGUUCAGUGUGCUGUAAAAGGUUCCCACAUAAAGCAGACGCAGUAAAACACAUGAGAACACACAAGGGAAAAUAAGCAAUUAGCUGUUUAGUUUGUGGUAUGUUGCUCAUAUGUGGCGACAUCCACCCUACCCAGGGCCUCCUCACUGCUUCUUUCACAAAUAUCUGAGGUAUUCAUACAAACUUGGAUUAUUUGGAGCAUUGGUCCCCAACCUUUUUGUAGCUGGGGACCGGUCAACGCUGGAUAAUUUGUCCCACGGCCUGGCGGGGGGGAUUUUUAUUUAUUUAUUUAUUUAUUCUGUUCCAUGAAAAAAGGGAGGUUUUUGGGUUGGUGCACUACUUGUAAGUGCAUCUUGUGUUUCCUUAUGUU